AUGCCUCCUCCAGAAUCCAACCCAGCACACAUCUACCGCGCGUGCCUUCGCGAAUGCAGCUACCUCCCACUUCCGCAAUGUCGCUCUUACAUGCGCAAAUUCACCAUCGACAAGUUCCGUAGUUUCAUACCGAGACGACCGGGCAAAAAUAGGCCCGGUGCAAAGAACGAUGUGGGAAACGUCCCAGUGCUCGCUCCGGAGAAGGUCACCCAUCUACUCAGGCUAGCGAGGAAAUACGCAGCGGUUCUCCGACGUGCGAACGAUGGACAUACUACUCAGUUGGAGAAAGUCCUGCGGAUGACCUACGGCAGAGUGGGACCCAACAAGUAUAGACUUCUGGCAAAGUUUCUAUAUCCGAGUACAGAUGCUGCUGGUGGGCGUUCAACGCUACUAAUCGAUCGCAAUGGUGGAGAGGAGGAUGGAGCUAAGGUCUCCAAACGGGCUGGUGGUGAUGAUGGACUGGAAGAACUGCUGGAGGACGAUGAAGGCGCUGAAGAUGCCAGCUCAACACCAGAGAAAGACACUUUAUACCCCUCGCUCUACCCUACAGUUUCCACCACCACCACCACCACCACCACCACCACCACCACCUUCACAACCUUCUACAAAGAGGCCGAAGUACCCGAUCCGCCCGUUGAAGAGAAACCUCCCAAAUGGAAACUCGAUGUCCCUCCCCGCCUGCAAGCCCUGCUGGUCUCCCAGUCCAUCGAACAACCUCAUUUUACCCGCGCGGGUUCAUCUCCACGUGUGAGACUGAAGUUCUCCCCGCCGACUCGUACAAUCUGGGGCAAACCCCUCCCCUUCUCGAGGUACAAGAACCAGAGGAUAAAAUGGUACAACCACAAUAUGCAAGCAGCAUUACCUCCUCUAGAAUCAGAGGCAGCAUACUGGGAAGUCCACAAUCUUGUGACGGGAAGGCAGGAAUUCCCGGCUCUUGUCCCGAGAAGGACGCCCGCACGGCUGAGCGCUGAGGAUGAUCUUCGGGCAUUCCUCCAGCAACAAUCCAGCCUGAUUCUCGAAGGUCCCACUGUAGAUACCAGGCUCAAGGAUCUACAGAAGAAUCGACCACAUGAGAUUACGCCACGGUUUCUGCAGAGGAUGCUUUCGCGGGUGGUUUUAAGUCAGACGCCCUUCGUCAAGAAAGCUGCUCCAGGCACAAAGACGGAGGCUGAUAGCGGUCUGGUGUUUUACUGGGACGACGGCAUGUCUCAUCAGCGACAUUCGAGAGAGGUAGAGAGCAUACGCAAGCCAGUCCCGGAGAAACAGGCCGGACUUUUGUUCGCUUGA